CCGGGGGGCCGCGCCGGUGAUGCCCGCAGCCCCCGCCGAGCCCCGCCGGGCCUGCUGAGCCGCCCACCGGGCCAGGGUCACACCAGGCCGGGGUCGCGCCCGGGCGGGGCGGCGCUGCCUGCAUGACCCUCCGGCGGCGCGGGGAGAAGGCGACCAUCAGCAUCCAGGAGCAUAUGGCCAUCGACGUGUGCCCCGGCCCCAUCCGGCCCAUCAAGCAGAUCUCCGACUAUUUCCCCCGCUUCCCGCGGGGCCUGCCCCCGGACGCCGGGCCCCGCGCCCCGGCGCCCCCGGACGCCCCCGCGCCCCCCGCCGCGGCUAGCGCCGGCCGCCCCAGCCCCUCCGACGGCGCCCGCGACGACGACGAGGAUGUGGACCAGCUCUUCGGCGCCUACGGUGCCAGCCCGGGCCCCAGCCCCGGCCCCAGCCCCGUGCGGCCGCCCGCCAAGCCGCCCGAGGAGGAGCCCGACGCCGACGGCUACGAAUCGGACGACUGCACUGCCCUGGGCACACUGGACUUCAGCCUGCUGUAUGACCAAGAGAACAACGCUCUGCACUGCACCAUCAGCAAGGCCAAGGGCCUGAAGCCGAUGGACCACAACGGGUUGGCGGACCCCUACGUCAAACUCCACCUGCUACCAGGAGCCAGUAAGGCAAAUAAACUCAGAACAAAAACCCUGCGGAACACUCUGAACCCCACGUGGAAUGAGACCCUCACUUACUACGGAAUCACAGAUGAGGACAUGAUCCGCAAGACUCUGCGGAUCUCCGUGUGCGAUGAGGACAAGUUCCGCCAUAAUGAGUUCAUCGGCGAGACUCGGGUGCCCCUGAAGCGGCUGAAGCCCAACCACACGAAGACGUUCAGCAUCUGCCUGGAGAAGCAGCUGCCGGUGAGCGGCCUCGGCCCCCACGUGCGUGGCCACAGGUGUGGGAGGCACUUGGGACUUCCUUUAAGAGGCGUGGGGGUGGACAAGACGGAAGACAAGUCCCUGGAGGAGCGAGGCCGCAUCCUCAUCUCCCUCAAGUACAGCUCACAGAAGCAGGGCCUGCUGGUGGGCAUCGUGCGGUGUGCACACCUGGCCGCCAUGGACGCCAAUGGCUACUCAGACCCCUACGUGAAAACAUACCUGAAGCCAGAUGUGGACAAGAAAUCCAAGCAUAAGACAGCAGUGAAGAAGAAAACCCUGAACCCCGAAUUCAAUGAGGAGUUCUGCUACGAGAUCAAGCAUGGCGAUCUGGCCAAGAAGACUCUGGAGGUCACAGUGUGGGAUUAUGACAUUGGGAAAUCCAAUGACUUCAUCGGUGGUGUGGUUCUAGGCAUCAACGCCAAGGGCGAACGCCUGAAGCACUGGUUUGACUGCCUGAAGAACAAGGACAAGCGGAUCGAGCGCUGGCACACACUCACCAACGAACUCCCCGGGGCAGUGCUCAGUGACUGACUGCCCCCCUCCCCCCACCCAGCCGCACAGGCCUGGCCCUGGGCUUCCCCAGCUGCCACCAAGGGCUGUGGCCCCAACGCCAGGCAACCUUCAGAAGGCCUGCUCGGACACAGAGCCACUGCAGCUCCAUGGCAUGGAGGACAGAGUGC